GGACGUCUUGUCAACGGUCAAUAAUCGCCCAUAUGUUUGCUACUGAUAAGCGCUUGUUUUUCCCCUCAGCCACAUUUCUCACUUGAUUGUGAAACUUGAAGGCAGAAAUGGCACAACAUCUGCGUCACACAUCAGUUAUGGAAUCAAAUGCACAUUUAAACCUGAUUUUACUGGGGACCGCACAAUCUGGAAAGAGUGCGUCAGGAAACACAAUACUGGGACGAAAAGUUUUUGUGACAAAUGAAAGCCCUUCUUUAGUCACACGAGAUGUUGCUGUUGUAUCCGGGAACAUCUUUGGGAUUCCAGUCACUGUUCAUGACACACCAAGAUUAUAUGAGAGUCAGAUCAACGAGAAUCAGAUGUCACUCCAAUAUAAGAGUAUUUUCCAGAGUUGUGAAUCUGGUCCCUGUGUGUUUCUGCUGGUCAUCAAAGCCGACAGAUUCUCUGCAGAAGACAGAAGAACUGUGGAGAAGAUUGAGGGUUUUUUGGGACCAAACCGCCUGAAUAAAACCUGGAUUCUCUUCACCAGAGGAGAUGAACUAGAUAGAGGAAACACGACAAUAAAAGAAUCUCUUGAGAGAAAUGAAGCACUGAAGACACUUGAGAAGUAUGAUCAGAGAUACCAUGUCUUCAACAACAUGAUGAAGAAAGGACCAAGUGACCAGGCCAGACUGCUCCUUGCUAAAAUUAUCCAAACAACAUGUCUGGUAAAUGCAUCAGAAGGAGGGAUGCUGCCCAGACGGAUCACAACAGUCACAACAUUCACUCUCGAUCUUGAUGUCAUUAAUCAUUCAACUAGAAGGAUUGUUCUUCUGGGUAAAACUGGUUUUGGCAAGAGUGCAUCUGGAAACACAAUACUGGGACAGGAAGCGUUUAAAUCUGAGAUUGACUUAAAUUCAGUAACCUUUCAAUGUUCAGUGAAUCAUGCCACUUUUUCAGGAAGAUAUGUGUCUGUAGUUGAUACUCCUGGACUGUUUGACACACGAGAUGAGGAGAACACAGAUGAGCAGGUAAAGAAAGAGAUAGCGAGAAGUGUUUAUAUGUCCAGUCCUGGACCUCACGCUUUUCUCAUUGUGUUCAGAGUAAUUGACAGAUUCACUGAACAUGAGCAGCAGAUUCCUCAGAUGAUUGAGAUGAUGUUUGGUCAGGAGGUGUUAAAAUACUCCAUCAUUCUCUUCACUCAUGGAGAUCAGCUGAAAGGAAAGUCCAUAGAGAAUCUCAUUAAGGGAAACAAUCGUAUGAGACAUCUAGUUCAAGAGUGUGGAGGCAGAUUUCACGUCUUCAACAAUGAAGAUCAGAAUAACAGAGAGCAGGUGACAGAUCUGCUGGAGAAGAUUGACACAAUGAUAGAGAAGAAUGGAGGAUACUACAGUAAUCAGAUGUAUGAAGAUGCUCUGAGAUACAGACAGAGAGAGGAAGAAUGGAGAAAGAGAGAGGAAGAGAGGAGAAAACAACAAGAGGAGAAAGAAAGAGUCAGAUUACAGAAAAUCAGAUCAGAGUAUGAAGCUCAAAGACUUGAAGCAGAGAGACAGAGAGAGGACGAAUGGAGAAAACAACAAAUAGAGAUUGAGAGAGUCAGAAUCCAAAUGCAGAAUAUGAGAACAGAGUAUGAAGCUCAGAGAUCUGAAAUGGAAAGACUUAAAGCAGAGAGACAGAGAGAGGAAGAAUGGAGAAAACAACAGGAGAGCAGAGCACAAAGUAACCCUGAAUUUGAAGAAUUUUAUAGGCAGUAUGAGCGAAGGUUCAUUUUUUUAGCUUCUAUAUCUGGUAUGAAACAUACUGGUAUUGGUGCAGGUGUUGGUGGUGUUCUUGGUGCAGCUCUUGGAGCUAUUGGUGGACCUCCUGGUGCAGUUGCUGGUGCAGCUGUUGGUGCAGCUGUUGGUGGAGCUGUUGGUACAAUAAUACAGUUUUUUAAAUGAGUAACGUGGAACAAAUUCUCAUGGCCACUGGUGUAGGAGUCCUAAAAUCACAUUCUGACAAAAACCAUCCACUCUUCAAUUGGGAAAAGACCAGAGAAAUAAGUAAAAACAUCUUCUUAAAUGAAUUAAUCUUUAGGGCUGUAACUCACCAAUAAAAUUAAAUAGCCAGACUGUACCCCCAGUAUUUGAUAUUUGUGAUGCUGCAGAUUACGCAGUGCUCAAAAGUUACAUUUUUAGGCUUGUCUUCUGCAGUGCUCUAACAGUGCUCAUUAAUGUCCAAAUGAGUGAGAUGGACAAUCAAAUCAAAGAAGCCAGGCCUUUACACAAAAGAUGAGCGUGAAUUCCAACAUGAUACUUAGUUUUAAUGGUGGAAGAGUGUGUGGUUAAGAGAGGUGUGGGUUGCUAAACAUUUUACAUUUGACUGUUUUAUGAUAGAAAUGUUUAACGACUGACAGUAAAGCCCAAAGUAUAUUUCAUUUUUCUAUGUGUAAAUCAAAUAUUUACAAUAUUUACACCGAAGCUCAUGGACUUGCAGAGACUUCCUCAGGGGCAGGGGUUCAAAUGUAAAAUAGAGGCAAUGUAAAUAAUUAUAAAAAUUAUAUUAAAAAUAAAUAAAUAAAUUAUAGGUCAAAAGUCUGUAUACAUUACUAAUUUAGAUUUAAGAUUUAAAAAUACAUUUAAAAUACAUAUUUUAUGCAAUGCUGAUUUAUCGAUAUUGAAACCUGUGAUGCUUUUUUACAGGAUUCUCUGAUUUAAAAAAAAGUGAAAAAAGAAGAAAAAACAGCAUUUAUUUAAAAUAUAUGUUUUGUUACAAACUACCAUUCAAAAGCUUGAGGUCAGUUUUUUUUUUUUUAGAAAUAAUUUGUUUUUAUUCAGGAAGGAUUUGUUAAAUUGAUAGAAACUGUGAUAGUAAAGCUUUAUAUUGUUAGAAAACAUCUCUGUUUUGAAUAAAGGCUUUUCUUUUUUUUCUUUUUUUUUAUUCAUCAAUGCACCCCAGAAAAGUAGAUUAUUAAGCACCACAACUGUUUCCAUCACUGAUAAUAAAUCACAUAUUAUAAUGAUUUCUGAAGGAUCAUGUGACACUGAAGACUGGAGGAAUGAUUUAAUCUAUAAAUAAAUGAUAUUUAAAAUUAUCUAAAGAUAGAAAAACAUUAUUUUGAUAUUGUGAUAAUAUUUAACAAUAUUAAAUUUUUUCCUAUAUUUUUUUUCCUAUAUUUUUUUACUAUAUUCAUUACUUGUAUAAUGCUGCAUAAUUAUAUACAUUUUUUAAAAUAAAAGUAAUUUUACGCCAGCCUACACUUCACAUAACAGGCCUAUAGGUGGCACCUAUGAUAUUUUCAUGAAAUGCUGAUUGGUGUUGGUUAGGGAUUUUGUACACAUCAUCAUGUUAAUUAGAAUUCAUAUGUAUUUUGUUUUAUUGACCACAAUAUCAUUGCUAUUUGUCUGAGAGGGGCACUUUUGAAUAAUUUUGAAAAAGGGCAGGGGCUUGUGCCCCCAAAGCCCAGUACAUUAACUAAUUUCUCUAUCUAAUGCUGUCACCUCACGUGACCAAAAAAAAAACAAAAAAAACAUAUGACUCAAACCCGAAGACUCGAGAGAUUAACUUAUCAAUACUUUCUGGUUUAGACUGCAUUUGUUAUGCUUAUGGGGCUGUCACGCGAUGAACGAGUGACAAAGUAUACUUCAUUUAAUAGUGUACAUGAACGCUGGCAGUCAACACACUCUACAAAUCUUCCUCUUAGUUCAGAGUCUGUACUAUAUUUCUACAGAAGUUAUGACCAAUAAAAUGUCUUUUAAAAUUGCAGCAAUAUCUUAAAACUCUCAUGUCUGAUUAGUUCUCUUCUGUAUCAGCAGCCAAUGAGUUUGUAGGUCUACACUCAAAUACUUGGCUAGUGCUUGCCGUAGCAGUUGCAGCGUACAUUUGAAACCCUCCACCUUCCCCAGCUCCACCUGUAUAGAUCUGCUAUGGAGUGAUUUAGUAUGUUUUAUGGAGUUUAUUCAUAUAUGUUAAAUCUGCAGUAGCAGUGUUUCCUACAUGCUCACAGCAGUAUGUUGUGAAUGUUUUGAGCAGCAGCAGAGUAUCAGAUCUAUUCUGCCAAGACCACAUACAUUAACA